UCCUCCGCCUGCCCGGACUCGGCAGCUCCACCCUGUUGCCUGCACCCCCUUCCCCCCGGGCACCCCCAGGAUGGUGAGGUGGUUUCACCGAGACCUCAGUGGGCUGGAUGCCGAGACCCUGCUCAAGGGCCGAGGGGUCAACGGGAGCUUCCUGGCUCGGCCCAGCCGCAAGAACCAGGGCGACUUCUCCCUCUCCGUCAGGGUGGGGGACCAGGUGACCCACAUUCGGAUCCAGAACUCGGGGGAUUUCUACGACCUGUAUGGAGGGGAGAAGUUCGCGACGCUGACGGAGCUGGUGGAGUACUACACGCAGCAGCAGGGCGUCCUGCAGGACCGCGACGGCACCAUCAUCCACCUCAAGUACCCGCUGAACUGCUCAGACCCCACCAGUGAGAGGUGGUACCAUGGCCACAUGUCUGGAGGGCAGGCAGAGACACUGCUGCAGGCCAAGGGUGAGCCCUGGACUUUUCUCGUGCGUGAAAGUCUCAGCCAGCCUGGAGAUUUUGUGCUGUCUGUGCUCAGCGACCAGCCCAAGGCUGGGCUGGGCUCCCCGCUCAGAGUCACCCACAUCAAGGUCAUGUGUGAGGGUGGACGCUACACAGUGGGCGGUUUGGAGACCUUCGACAGCCUCACGGACCUGGUGGAGCAUUUCAAGAGGACGGGGAUCGAGGAGGCCUCGGGCGCCUUCGUCUACCUGCGGCAGCCAUACUACGCCACCAGGGUGAACGCAGCUGACAUUGAGAACCGGGUCUUGGAACUGAACAAGAAGCAGGAGUCGGAGGACACGGCCAAGGCUGGCUUCUGGGAGGAGUUUGAGAGUCUGCAGAAGCAGGAGGUGAAGAACUCGCACCAGCGGCUGGAAGGGCAGCGGCCAGAAAACAAGAGCAAGAACCGUUACAAGAACAUCCUUCCGUUUGACCACAGCCGAGUGGUCCUGCAGGGACGCGACAGUAACAUCCCUGGGUCCGACUACAUUAACGCCAACUACGUCAAGAACCAGCUGCUAGGCUCUGAUGAGAAUGCUAAGACCUACAUCGCCAGCCAGGGCUGCCUGGAGGCCACGGUCAACGACUUCUGGCAGAUGGUGUGGCAGGAGAACACCCGUGUCAUCGUCAUGACCACCCGGGAGGUGGAGAAGGGCCGGAACAAGUGUAUCCCAUACUGGCCAGAGGUGGGCACUCAGCGCGUUUAUGGAGUCUAUGCUGUAACCAACUGCGGGGAACAUGACACACCUGAGUACAAACUCCGCACCUUACAGGUCUCCCCGCUGGACAAUGGGGACCUGGUUCGGGAGAUCUGGCACUACCAGUACCUGAGCUGGCCUGACCACGGGGUCCCCAGCGAGCCUGGGGGUGUCCUCAGCUUCCUGGACCAGAUCAACCAGCGGCAGGAAAGUCUGCCUCACGCAGGGCCCAUCAUCGUGCACUGCAGCCCUGGGCAGCAGGCUGAGGCUUCUUCAUUGCUGCAACCUAUCUCUCCCUUCCCGCCAGUGCCCCCAACUCAGGCCUUGGGCUCAUGCACCACUAGCUCCACUGGAGACCCUCACGUUCAUGAUCAGGAGACCCCGUUCCUGCUAAGGUGGGAAGCUGAGGGGUCAGCAAGGAGGAGCAGGUGUCCCAUCAGGCCUGAGGGGCAGCGUCCCGCAGACGGGCCUACUCAGCCGGCCUGGCCUGGGGGCAUGGGAGGCAGCUGGCACAGGGUCCUGGGCAGACGCUGCUGCUCAACAUUCCAGCUCCUCCACUCACUGGCUGUGCGAUCUUGGGCAAAGGACUUGCCUUCUCUGACCCCCGGAUUCCUUGUCCAUAAAAUCCGGGUCUUAUAGGGUUGUUGUGAGUGUGAGACCCUCUCACUGUGUGUGGAAUACAGUAAAUACCCAGGAAUGGGAGCUGUUAAUGCUUUACUAACUCACGUCAGGCAGGGAACGGGGAAAUGGGAAUCUGCUGUGUCCUCUCCCCUUCCAGCUCCCUCCACGUGACCCCGGGGCCGUGAGGGCCGGGGCUUCCUCCUCUGCCCCUCCAGCAAUUGCGUGUCCUGGGGCAGGGCCGGGGGGCUGAGUCUGGAGGUACCCCCCACGUGCUGCCUCAGGGACUCUUCCUCCAGGCCGUGCCCCCCCCCUUCUUGAAAUCCCCAUGGCCUUAAUUUAGACGUUACAGGAAGGAAGUGGGUGAGGGGGUGUUAUUUUUGACAAUCUGGGUUUGAAAUUAGACAGUGCAACUCGGGGCAUUGGCCUGACUGGCCUAGCCGAGGGGGUGGGACUGGGGUCUGUGUGCGGUCCUGAGGCUCCUGGGGUCUGUUUGCCCAGGGGUGGCGGCAGAGGGUGGGGAGAAGGCAGACUUCCUGCUGCGAUGCUCCCCCAAGUUUCCUGAGCCCGGUGGCUCCCGGGGCCUGCUGUCUUGGACGCUGCCCUUGCCCUGCCAUCAGGAUCUGAAGAAGAAGGGAAAUGGAGCCUUGCGCGAAAGAUGCUCCCGAGGCGAGGAGGGCAGCCUCGCUGGGGCCAAGGCUGUGGGAGAGGGCCGGGGAGGCCCAGAGUACCAGGGGAGCAGGCAGGAUGUGGUCGGGGAACGGGGUCCCAGAUCUCCUGGGGUGGGGUGCAAAGUGAGGGGUGGAAGCAGGCGGUGGAGUGCGGUGCUGGGAAGAAGGAAAGAGACGGGUGUCUGGGGAGCAGCGUCUUAGAGAGCCAGGUUCUGCCCCCAAAUCCCCGGGCUGGAGUGAUGAGCACGGGGGCGGAGCUGGGCAGACUUCUACCCUGCCUACCCUCCCAGUGACCCUGCCUGGUUCCUGCAUCUCACAUCUCGGGCCGGUUCCCUAAGCCCCGCCCCUGCCGCUGCUGCGCUGACGCCCCGCCCCCCGCUUCCCGGCUAGUGCAGGCUGGGCCUCUGACGGCGC